UGUGAUACGAGUCGAAGUGAUUUAACAGAGCUAGAAAUAGGAAAAGAAAUUUCAUUGAAUUUACAGAGAUAAAAUAACUGUCAUCGCAUCGAGUUCGUAUUAAAAAAUAUUUUUCGCAAAAGUUAUUGUCAUUUUCCGGUGUUGUACUGAGACCUAAAGCCGUACGUUUGCCAUAAAUUUCACAACCAAACGGAUUUGCAAAUUACAAAACCCAACUCGUGUGUUGCGGCGGUAUUUUGUGCAGCUGCCAUCAACAAAAAGUACAUAAUAGCGAGGAAUAUCACCAAAUUGCAGACUCCAGGAUGUACAAGACUAAAAAGGAAAUUGAUGCCCAGGUGCGGCAGACGUUUGCCAAGUUGAAAAGCGAUUAUGAGCGUAACUUGCGAGGUUAUACAUUCGCAAAAUUUUAUUUUAAGAUCAAAGAAUUCUCAACGGCUGAACAGUACCUUUGUUCGUAUCUAUCGGUCAAAGAGGACAAUGAUCAGGCUCAUAAACUACUGGCUCAAUGCUAUCAAGGACUGAAGAAAUCUGAAAAGGCUUUGCAAUCCUUUCAACGUUCGUUGCAGUUAAAUCCCAAACAACCUGAUGUUCUGAUCGAAGUUUGUCAGCUGCUGCUGGAAGAUAAAAAUUUGAAUUGCAACAAGGCCAAGUAUUGGUGUGAAUUGGCCGAAUCGGAAAAAGUGCAACAUGAUGCUGUCUUCUCACUACGUCUAAAACUUAUGAAUAGAGACAACAUGGAAACUAAUCAGGUGGAGGCAUUGAUACAGAAGGAGAUUUUGAGUAAACCUCAUGAUGUGCAACUUAGAGUGCGUUUAGUGCGCAAUUAUGUGGAGCAAAACCAAAUUCUCGAUGCCUUCAAAUAUGUGCACCAAUUGGAGAUGUGUCAAAAGGACGAAUUUGUGAACAGCAGCGAGUGGUAUAAUGUGGUGUGGUUAGUUCUCAAUAAGUAUGAGCAAAUGCCAAAUACAAAAAAAGACUGGGAUUUCUGGCUAAUCUUGGCCAUGUGCUUGGAGCGUCAAGUUCAGAUUUCAUUUUCCUUGACAUCCAACACAACAUUAAUUGGUGGAGGUGUCACUGAAACAGCCAACCUUUUGUUCCAAUUCGAUCAGUACCUCUAUAAAAUAUCUCAAGUGGCUGAUAAACUAUGUGCCCAAAAAGAAAUGGUGGAGCUAUUCCUAGCCCAUUAUCGUGGCCAGCUGCUUUUGCAUGCAUCUGCUUUGAUUUUCAAACGCGAGCUUCUACAGAAUAAAAACAAAUGGAAGGAAGCAGUUCGAGCAGCCCUACCACUACUUCUCUUAGCCUACCAAGUGGAUGUGCCUGGCAAGAAGGAGCCCUGGAUGAAACAUUGUGAUGAAGAGGGAAAAUUACUGAUUAGUAUUUGGCAACGUGAGGGAUCAUUCCGCUGCGCACAGGCUGGAAGAACUCUACUAUCAUGCAUUCAGGAUGAGUCCAUGACGGGCGAUAAGGAGAAUGCCCAUAAUGUCAGCAAUUUACUACGUGGCCAGUCCUCAGGUCUAUGGAACAGCAGUGAUGACCUGUUGGCUCAAGUUCGGCAAAUUUGUGGCGAUCGCCAGUGGAGGCGCAAUGUAUUUGCCAUACUUUUUUGCAACAGUGAUCAAAAAGUCAAGGAACAAUCCUCGCUUCUUGCCAAAUGCCCAAAAUUAAGCGAACCCUUAUAUGAGUUGCCCACCUACGCUGACAUUGAGACCUAUGAGGACGGCGCACAAUACCAAAGGCCACAAUCACUACAGCAUAUGGUCUACUUAUGUCUGGGCAACGACAAUUUGGCCUAUGUACGAGCAAAGUAUUUCAGCGGCUUGAAUUUCUCUACACAAAACCUAUUGUUCUGCGGCGCCGAAUCGCUCAAUCAGUUGGACGUGGAGAGCUUCCUUUAUGCAGCCGCUAUACAGGCGAAGCGAGCAUUAGAAGUUGAUCGUGAGGCUUUUGACAAUUAUCAAACCGGAAACAGUUAUGCCGCAGGUAGGCCUAAAAUUUUACCCUUUGUCAAUUUGCAACAACUUUUGUGCACUGAGGAGCAAAGUCAAUGGUGGAACAGUGCAUACUUGGUGUAUAAGAAUCUUAGCAGUGGCCACAACCUGGCCGAACUACGUGCAACUCUGCAGUACGGCAUUGAAGCUGUUCGUGGUAUUAAUGGUCCAAAACUAGACAUGGCCAUAGUGUUUAAGCUUGGUCAAAUAUUUGUGGCACGAGCCCAGGAUAUUGUCAAACCGGUGGAAAAGGCAUUCUUGGAAGCCAGAGCAGAGUCCAUCUACAAGUACGGCCUCAAUAUGAUGAAAAUGCACAAUAAGGGAGUACUCGAGCCUUUCCGCAAAUACUUCAAAUAUGCCAAAGCCAAUUCAUCUGUGGCCGAAAGAGAAGUAUUUUCCAUGGCUGAGGAUGCUGUUUCCUAUCUGGCAUCGCGUUAUUUUAAGAAAUCCGAAUACGAAGAUCUAAUUGAUGAACUAUCUGGGAUUCAACUGCCCUUCGCCACAUAUCUGCAGGCGGAAGCGUAUCGCAAAUUGGACGAGGCCAGCAAAACGCCCAGAAAGACUAAGCGCAUAUAUUUGGAUCGUGCCAACGAGUGUCUCAAUCAAACAUUGGUAUUGUUGAGGAGUAGCGCCCAUGCCGACCCGAAUCAUCCAUUGAAUUCUGUUAUUCACAAUGAGAUAAGAAGGCUUCAACAAUCGACCGCACGUUAUUUGAACGAAUCGUCUUCGAAUAAUUUUAGUCCCAUUGCGGGUCUUAAUAAUUCCAGUACUUACGAGGAUGCUGAGGCAGAUUUCAAUGCUGAGAGCUCACUUUUGCCAACGCCCAGCCUAAUGAGCCAAAACCGUUCCAGGCGCGAAACUAUGGCCAACAAUGCUCUACUAGUCCAACAAAACCAUGAACUGGAAGCCUUAGUUAAACAGAUGGCUUCGACGCUAACUCUAUUAAAAGAGGAAAUUAUAGAAACUCUCAAGCCCGAACUCCAUGAGGUAACCAAGGAAAUAACAGUUAUAAAAGACAAAAUAUCAAAUUUGGAAGAUGCCAUGAAAAAGGUUCGAAUUUCGUCCAAUCCACCUUCAAGGGACGACGCAUCCAAUGUUUUGGACGACUUAUACAUCAUUGAAGAGUCUCUGCAACAACAGAUGUAUCAGCAGCAGCAACAACAACAGCAUACGCCAAACCAGUUUGGUCCAAACUCAAUGCCUGGUGGAGCUGCGGCCAACAUGAUGACGAAUUCACCAUUCAUGGCACAGCAGCAACGCUUGCAAGCCGCUGCCGCCUACAAUAGUCCCAUGUUUCCGCCUACACCGAAUUACCCAAUGAAUUUCUAUGGCCAUAGUCAACCAUACAUGAUGACACCACAAAGUGGUCCUCCCGGGAUAAAUCAAAGAAAUCCCGGACUACCCACAAUGCCAUAUUUAGAUCCCACGGUCCCACCGGGAGCUAUGAAUUUCAGUAUGCCUCCACAAUCAAAUCCCCUAUUGCCACCACCAACCCAGCCGCCCAACAUGGCAUCAGAUCCAUCGAGACCAAGCAGCCUAUACAAUCUGCUUCAACAACCACCCGUUCCGAUAACACCAAGCACCGUUCCGCCUUCCACAAUGCCGCCAUUCUCCACACCGCUGACGCAUUCAUUGGCUGUGCCGCCACCAAUUGCAGCCGCCACGAGCGUUGCUCCCUCCAUUCUGCCACCCACUACAACCAUUACAUUCAACAAGCUAUUGAAUAAUCAGCCAGUUGAGAAGGGUCCCCCGGCCAAUGUUGUUAUAACCAGUUCAGAUCCACUACCCAAUCCGCAUAGCAUUUCGCUACAAUCACAACAGACACCGUUGAGUGUUACCAUACCAUCCCAUCAUAUCAAACCUAGCUUGGUCAGCCAACAAUCGGAUCCCUUCGUAGGGCAGUCUGUGGCCACGACAGUGCAAAAACCAGCCGCCUCAACUGUAGCCACAACAUCAUCAACUCUCUUUGGAUCGUCCAUUACCUCGUCAACGUUCAGUUUUAAACCCCAUAUUGCUGCUGCAGCAGCUCAAUCCAGUGCAAAUUUGUCCAGCGAAGGCAAUACCUAUAACAAGACCUCCGACAGCAUUGGCAGCGACUUCAACAAGUCCGGUGGAGAUGACGUUGAAUAUGAUCCUCGACCAGACUUUAAACCCAUCAUUGCCCUACCUGAUGAAGUGGAAGUACGCACUGGAGAAGAGGAUGAGGAGGUUAUGUUCUGUCAUAGGGCCAAAUUAUUCCGCUUCGUUGAUAAGGAUUGGAAGGAACGUGGCAUCGGAGACAUCAAGAUUCUCAAAAACAAAGAAGGCUCCUCACGCAUACUCAUGCGCCGUGACCAAACCCAUAAAAUAUGUGCCAACCACAAGAUAAUUCCCGAGAUAACGAUGACAGUGCCCAAGAGUGAUACCAGCAAAUGCUUUAUAUGGGCAGCACACGAUUUCGCCGAUGAGGAGGUGCGUCUGGAAAAGUUUUUAGUGCGUUUCAAGCUACCCGAAACCGCCAAACAGUUCCAAGAGACUUUUAAGAAGGCCCAAGAGGAAGCAGAAUCCCUAACGAAGAAAGAUGAAGAGAAAUCAAAUCGCCCUGUGGUGAACGUUGCAACUGCAAAACCCCCAGCACCAUUCUCACUAGCAAAAUCGACGGCCACUAAUUUUGCCACCAGUACACCAUCCCAAAAAGGUGAUAUAGCUGAGUCUCAGCCCAAACCCGUUUUCGGGAAGCCGCUUGCAGGGUCCGUUGCAGCAUCCAACGCCCCAACGGCAACUGCAGCUUCCAAGUCGUUAUUCAGUGGCUUGAACUUAUCUACAAAAACGCCCAGUAGUGAUGUUGCCAAAGCGACGAGCACGUCAACAGUCUCCCCAUUUGCUACAUUCUCAUUUGGCACUUCAUCCAUAUCGGCCACUUCCUCAACAACCACAACUACCAGUUCUUCGACCACGGCAUCACCUUUCGCUAGUAUUUUUUCAAACCUCAACAAGUCGACCACGUCGACAUUCGGUCCAACAGCCGCAAUCUCCUCUUCUCCCAGUGUGACCUCUAACGAUACGAGUGUCGUUGUGAAUAAAUCCAAUGUGUCCGAUGCCGAAGAUGAUUAUGUGCCCACAGCGCAGUUCAAUCCUGUCAUUGCAUUGCCCGAAUUGGUGGAAGUGACCACGGGCGAAGAAAACGAAACCGUGCUCUUCGAGCAUAGGGCGAAGCUGUUGCGCUUCGACAAGGAGGCUGGCGAGUGGAAGGAAAGGGGGUUGGGCAACAUUAAACUCUUGCAAGACAAAACAGACGCCAAUAAAGUGCGUUUGGUUAUGCGUCGUGAACAGGUCCACAAGCUGUGUUGUAACCAGCGCAUUUACAAGGAUACGCAUUUCAAGUACAUCAAAAACUCCCAGACUGCCGUUUCGUGGGCGGGUCAAGAUUAUUCUGAAAACGAAUUGGUAACAGAGAUGUUGACGGUGCGCUUUAAGCUCCCCGAAACAUGUAAACAAUUUUUGGAUGCCAUUGAAAAUGUACAAGCGAAAAUGAGCGGCAACGGAACGUCCGCCUCGGAGGAUAAACAAGCUCAAAAGAAAUCGGAGGAAAGCAAGGCCACAACCAAGGGCUUUGGUGAUGCAUUCAAGCCCAAAGCCGGUUCUUGGUCUUGCAAAGAUUGCUAUACCUCGAAUACUGCAGAAACUUUGUAUUGUGUUGCUUGUGACUGUCCAAAGGAUGAUACGGUGCCUAAGAAAGAAGUCAAGUCAAAUAUACUUGCCCCCAGUGGCAAAACUACAUUCAGUUUUGGCUUUGCCCCAGCUGCGCAAACAGCCAGCACAGCAUCGAGUGCUGCCACAAACGCUACAUCCAAACCCCCCAUCACUUUUGGUAUGCCACCAAUUAGCUCCACAAAUGGAACUUCUGCGGCUAGCUCUACUUUGAUGUCUACAAAAACGGAUGCCACAAAACCAACGGUUCCCAAGGAGCCUAAUGCCGGAUUUGGGGACGCAUUCAAGCCAAAAGCUGGCUCUUGGACAUGCGAAGGGUGCUAUUUGUCAAACGCGGGAGAUGCCAUCUAUUGUAAGGCUUGUGAUGCCCCUAAGGAUAGCACCGUUCCCAAAAAGGAAACAAACACUAGCAGUGUGCUGGCACUUUCAAAUCCAGCACAAAAGUUCAGUUUUGGAUUUAAUGCCGCUGCUACAGCUACUUCCUCGGAGAGUGCAACAAAACCGCAGGGCGGUUUCAGUUUCGGCUCUACUCCCGUGAGUGCUGCCGGAGAUAGCUCGGCAUCGUUUUCUUUUGCUCCGCCCACAGCAACAUCUACAGGAUUGGGAAGUGUUCCAGCUACGACAACGCAACCCGGCAGUGUGCCUCUGGGCAAGAGUACCUUUAGUUUCAGUUUGUCAUCCACGGCGCUGGAAUCACCGGCAAUGCCAUCCAGUGCAAGUGCCACAACCACACAAGCGCCACCAAAUGCAUUCUCCUUGGACAAAAAAGAAUUCAGCUUUACACUCAAACCCAAAAGCCCCGGCAAAUCUGGUAAAAGCCCUUUGAAGUUAGGUGGUGGUGAUGCCGAUGCCGAUGAUGAUGGCGAUGGCGAGUAUCACGAGGAAGAGGAAAAUAAUACCUAUUUCACACCGGUGAUUGCAUUGCCUGAUAAGAUUGAAGUGAAGACGGGCGAAGAAGAUGAGGAUCUCUUGUACAUACACCGAGCCAAGUUAUACCGCUUCACAGAGGGCGAAUGGAAGGAGAGAGGCUUGGGCAAUGUUAAAAUUUUGCGUCACAAGUUAAAUAAAAAACUCCGUGUAGUGAUGAGACGCGAACAGGUGCUCAAAAUAUGUCUCAACCAUGUUCUCAAUGAUGAUGUGGACUACAAACGUAAGGAUGAAAAGUCGUGGCUGUUCGUUGUUAACGAUUUCAGCGAAGGCGCUGUAGAAUUGGAGCAAUUUUCAUUGCGUUUUAAGACCAAAGAAAUUGCCGAAGCAUUUAUGGAUAUUGUGAAAAAGGCAUUGGAUGGCACUGCCGAAGCGAUUGAGACACCUGCAAAUACCUCUAUAACAACACCAACCAAUACGGCAGCUCCAUCAAGUGUACUCAACAUUUCCGACGAAGACAAGAGGACAGCAGACAAACUCAAGUUACCCUACGAAUUCUUUACAGCUAAGCCCACUUGUGCGGGUUGCCGAGGUUGUGACCCGGAUCAAUUUGUUUUCGCUUCCGACAAUAAAGGCGAGAACUUUGUUCAUCAAGACGACAUCAAGAACCCAUUGGAACCCAUGGAAUUUCCCGCACUGAAUCUUCUCAACAAGUCGGCAAAUAGAACAAUUCUAAAACAAAGCACAUUGUCGCCUUUGUCGGCCAAAACAGAGAAGGAGUCUACGAAAAUAAAUGAAAGCAUUUUUAGUGGCUUUGGAGGGGCAAAUUCGACAACAUUUGGAGAAAAGCCUGCCAAUGCAACGUUUUCGUUUGUAGCUGCUCUGAACAGCACCAGUAAACCCGCAGAAGAAGCACAAAAAACGACUGCAGGCUCAGGCGGUUUCCUAUUUGGCAGUGGCUCCACUCUGGGAAAUAACUCAGCAGCAACUGGUGCCUCGAUUUUCAGUGGUGCCGCCCCAGAAAACAAAUCGGCUUUUGGCAUUAAGACAAACCUGUUCGGCAACGUCAGCUCCACAACUAACGAUUCAGCAGCUGAUGCUCACAACCCUGAAAAGACUGCAACAAAAUCCAUAUUUGGUGGCACCGCCACAGGCACAUCUUCUGGAUCAAUAUUUGGUGGCAAAGCAGUGUUUGGCUCUCAAUCCCCUGCAUUCGGCACACCCUCCUUGAACGAUACGACCAAAUCAAUCUUCGGCAGCUCCAAUAAUACCACCCAAAGUAUUGGAAGUGGCAAUUCUAUUUUUGGUUCAUCGAUGACAAGCAAUGCGACCAACAGCUUUGGAGGUUUAGCAUCUAAUACCAAUCAAGGCUCAAUAUUCGGAUCUAAUACAGCGCCAUUCGGCACUGCCUCUAAGGAUCUUAAGACAGGCUCGGCUACCCCAUUCGUUGACCUAUCAAAAACUUCUACAGCAGCAAUAGACUUUGCAAGUAUUGCUGCCAAGGCUGACAGCGAAUCCGUUUUGGGAAAAUCAACCAGCAAACCUGGCCCUGGAGGCUUCAUUGGUUUGACAAAUCAGGAUGCUUUCUCAAGCUUCAGCAAACCCCUUAAAGAAUCGGACACAUCCGCCAAAAAUACCUCCACCUCGAAAGCCAAUGAAUCGCAGAAAAGCGUUGAUGGAGGAGAAGGGGGCGAAGAGAAUGAUGAAAAUUAUGAUCCCCAUUAUGAUCCCAUUAUAGAAUUGCCAAAUGAAAUUGUUGUGAGCACUGGCGAGGAGGAAGAGACCAAAUUGUUUGGGGAAAGAGCUAAACUCUACAGAUUCGAUGCCACAAACAAAGAGUGGAAGGAGAGAGGUGUGGGCGAAUUGAAGCUAUUGGCACAUCCCGCCAAGAAAACAUAUCGACUGGUCAUGCGUCGCGAAAAAAUCCACAAAUUAGUGCUAAACCAUGCUAUCACUGGCGAUUUCCAUUUUUCAAACAUGAACAACAGUCCGCAGAGUUUUGUCUGGGCCACCAUGAAUUACGCCGAGUCGGGCGAGGGAGAGUUGGAGAAGUUGGCCGUACGCUUUAGUAAGGUUGAACUUGCUGAAUGUUUUAGCUCGAAACUGAAGGAAUGCAUUGAGAAGUGUAAACAGAACGAAGGCUAGAAUAACUCCAUCUGGAAACAAGGCCAAUAUUUGAAAAUGCCGUCUUUGGAGCCAGAGCUAGUUGAGAUGUCCUCAUCGAAUCAUUAAUUCAACAAUUUUGAUUGUUAUUACAAUGAGUUAGGCUUACAUUAAAUAUUUAAGUUAUUUGCCGGGUGUAAGCUGAUGAUUUAACAGCGCGCGCUUGGCAUCUUGUCUUAUUUGCUGUAUUUAAUAUAUACAUGUUUAGAUUAAAUUAUUUUUAAGUAUUCUUUACACACCCACACACACA